UCAUUCUUGAAUUACGUUGCGAAAAUUAAGUAUUAGAGACCUGGUCCUAAAAUUAGUCUCGCUUGUCUUUUCUUUUUAUUCAUAUAUAUAUAUAUACACCUAAGCAAUGUACAUUUUGCAUAAAUGUAGCACCGCUUCAGUGAUCGAGCUAAGCGAAAAUUAAAAUUCGAGCCGAUUGAAGAGGGACGAUUACCGAGCUUUCAAGCUGAACGCCAAGAGACUCUUUAGAUUAAUACAGAUAUAUAGCCUCGGCUAAAGGUAGAGAAUUGAUAGCGACGCAUUUGAAUUGUAGUAAAUAUGACAACCGAUCCGGAACGCGCCGCCAAUACGAGCGGUACAGAAUCCGUCGAAGACGAAGACGAUAACCAUCGCAAAAUUUUAAAUAGCAAUGAUGUGUUAGCUGCUCUACGAGGUGGUGGUAUUACUGCACCAGGAUUUGCAGAGCAAAUGCAGUCUCUUCCUGCUCCCGUCAAACGCAGGGUCAAGGCACUGAAACAACUGCAGCUUGUCACUACUAAUAUCGAGGCUAAAUUUUACGAGGAGGUCCAUGCCUUGGAAUGUGAAUACUACAAAAUGUGCGCCCCCCUUUACCAGAAGCGGAAUGACAUAAUAUCGGGCACUUAUGAGCCAACCGAUGAACAAUGCGCUUGGGAAAGCGAUGAUGAAGAAGAAACGCUAACUAAUUAUAUGAAAGAGAAGGCAAAGAUCGAGGAUACUGUAGAGAUAAAGGAUGAAGCGACGGAGAACGAGGAUGAUAUUAAAGGCAUCCCAGAUUUUUGGCUAACAAUAUUUAAAAAUGUAAGCUCGCUAUCCGAAAUGGUUCAGGAACAUGACGAGCCGAUCUUGAAGCAUCUACAUGAUAUUAAAGUAAAAUUUCUGCCAUCGAAUCCAAUGGGAUUUAUUCUCGAGUUCUAUUUCACGCCCAACGAAUAUUUCUCUAAUUCAGUGCUCACUAAAGAAUACAUCAUGAAAUGUACUCCAGAAAAGAACGAUCCGUUCAGUUUUGAAGGGCCAGAGAUAUACAAAUGCAAAGGCUGCGUGAUCGAUUGGAAGAAGGGCAAGAACGUUACGAUAAAAACUAUUAAGAAGAAUCAGAAGCAUAAAUCACGAGGAUCAAUGCGUACCGUGACGAAAACGGUUCAAAAUGAUUCCUUCUUUAAUUUCUUCAGUCCACCAAUUGGCUACGUGAACAUUCUUCUUGGUGUCCCUCGACCCGGGAUGAUCACCAGGGAUAUGAUUGUACGUGGAGUCCAGUUUGCGCUCGCCGCUUCGUUGAAUCUCUGCCAGCAACUCUCGUCUCAACGACGUGGGAGCUUUCAAGGUGGGACGCACAGUUGGCUGCGGUUGGUCCAGAUGCUUCGUACGGAAUUUCGGUGCUGCGUCCAACAUGUUUGGAUUCAUCGGCAUGGAUUGAUUAUAGAUAGGCACCUUGAAAGAUAUAUCUAAAGCGUUCUCCUUCGCGAGUGUCUCGCGCGUGAGAAAGACCACGGAUUCGAUUUCAUCCGACGGAACAUUACACGUUACAUUCAGAUCUGCUUUAUUUGCGCGCAUGCUAGGUAUGUACGUGUCGUUAAUCGACACGGGCGAA